AUGGCCAGUGGCUGGCUGGCUGGCCUACGUCAUGCGCUCACGACUAAUACACCUAGAAGCAACAGCAGCAGCAACCGGGGAAGGGAAAAGGAGCCGGUCAUCUACUUGGUCUACUCUACUCCAGACAAUCUCCAAGGGUACAGUACGGUGCGGUCAGCUAGCGGAAACUCUAUCACGACUAUUUUCCCGAGCGGAUCGGCGGUCGCGCAGAUGGUGGCGCGCGCGGCGGCGGAGGAGGAGGAGGAGGAGGAGGAGGAGGAGGUUCGUACGAGAGAGAGGCGGUAG